AUGAGCCAACUUUAUCCUGAAAAUCCAUUCAAAUGCCACGAAUGCGGACGAGCGUUCCGACACAAAAUAUACCUACAUUAUCAUAAGCGUCUGCAUGUCCCCUUGACACCUGAAAAAACAGACACAGAUAUAUUAAUAUUUCCAAAGAUAGAAACCAAACAAAUAUGUUCAUCGACAAAUUGUGCAAAAUCAAACACUGAGAUAUUCUCUUCAGUGAAACAUAAUGCAGAAGAAAGAUUGAUUACUCUUACAGAAAGAAAAAACAAUUCCAAGAGGUGCAGAUUCAAAUAUCGGGGGCGGGAGUUUACGUUGAUUUCAAGACACUUCCAUAAACAACCAAAUUUUUGCCACAAUAAAAUUAAUAACAACAAAUCAAAUAGCAGAAAGGUUUCAAAUUGCAACGAUUGGCCUACCAAAUCGAAAAACUUACAUCUUUGUGAAAAGUGUGGGAUAAACGUUUCUCAUAAUGAACACACUUGCAACAUAAAUGGUAACAUUGCAAACGGUGAAUCGAUUCCUUCUUUAGAGUUGCCUAUUAAUAAAGACUAUACACCUUCUAAACAACAAUUUCUGUCUGGACGUCGCUUCAGUGGAUCCGUUCAUCAUAUGCCGGGUACAAUCCACACGGAUAGGUUUCUUCGAGAUCAUAAUUAUCAAAAUGCAAACGACGAAAAAGCUAACAAAGUAUUAUUCAAUCAAGAAGAACCAAAAUUUCAAACAGCAGAAGGAGCGGAUCUAUUUUUAUCCCCAAAUGAUAACCUGAUUAAAAUAGAGUCGAGUCCAAGUAAAUAUCCACAAGCCAACAUACAAAUAGAGAUACCAACAGCCUACCUCCAAGUUUACCUUUGUGAGUACUGUGGCAAUACGUUUAGAAGGAAAAUUGAUCUUGAAAGACAUACAAGAAUUCACACGGGCGAACGCCCUUUUCAAUGCGCAACCUGUAGAAGAGCAUUCAUACAAAAAGCUCACCUGAAAAUUCAUCUUGAAAGACAUUCCCAUAUCGACAUAAAAGAAUCAACUUUGUCUCCAUUUCUCGAUGAAAAUUCCAAUCAAAUCAAUGAUAGAGACAAAUUGUAUAAGCCUCAACACGUAUGUAAAGUUUGCCAUAAACAUUUUUCCCAAAAGGGACACCUGAACGUUCACAUGUUAAUUCAUACAGGUGCAAGGCCAUUUACUUGUGAUGUAUGCAACAGAAAUUUUAACCAAAAGCAGACAUUGAAACGUCAUAUGGUAACCCACUUAGAGAAGAAUAUAGAAAGAAUUUCAAAAUUCAAGUCCCAGAUAGAAAAUUCCAUUCAGAAUGUCACGGAAAACUUAGAAAAUGCAAAUUGUUAUGAUUCAACACAAGGUGUAUUCAAUAGUCACCACGAACAUCAGUCAUUUACAUUAAAAGCAGAGGAUGAUUUUUUAAAAGAAUAUCCAUUAAAACGAUUCCGAAAAAACUGCCCAAACGGAGACUUAUUAGACAAAUUUGCCGAAAUAUUUCCAAGAAGCAAAAACCAUCACAACAGCGAAAGAACGACAACAACCAGCUGUUUGAGAGAAAACCGUAGACAAGAGCAUAAAUGCAAAUUUUGUGAAAAACGAUUUAAGCAGAAAGGGCACCUCAAUGUACACUUGCUCAUUCACACCGGAGCUAGGCCAUUUAAAUGUGACAUUUGUGGGAAGGAGUUUAAUCAAAAACAAAUAUUAAAAAGGCAUCUGCUCAUCCAUCGACCCAAUCAUCUGGAGGAGCGUCAGAAAUCUAACCAACAAAUGUCGACGGGAUCCAUCGUUGAAGAGUACGUAUGCGAGUUCUGUGGGAAAAUUUUUAACAAUAAGUAUAAUUUUCAAAAACAUCACUUGAUACAUUUUGGCGAAAAACCAUUUCUGUGUGUUGAGUGUGGUAAGUGCUUCCGACAAAAGAACCAUUUAGAUGACCAUCAAAGAAUUCACAGCGGUGAUAAACCCUUCUCUUGUGAAAUCUGCUCUAAGAUGUUCAGCCAGAAACAAAACCUAAAGAAACACAUUCAACGUCAUGCAAAGCAAUCAGGUUAUUUGAAUAAAACUGAUCAAGACAAAGAUGAUAAAGUUAAUAGGAAUUUGGAUACCCGAUUAAAAGGCGAUUCUGACUUAAUAGGAUGCAUGAAAGAUGAAAAAGAUAGAGUGUUUGCAUGUAAUAUUCUAGAUUCGGUAGUAAAGAAAUCUAUUCAGACUUUUCAGUGCGAUUUUUGCGGGAAAAAUUUCAAGCGCAAAGAAUACCUCAAAGUCCAUCUCCGAACUCAUACGGGUGAGAAACCUUACCACUGUAAACUGUGCUCAAUGCGCUUCACUCAGCGAGGGCACCUGUGGGUCCACAUGUCAAAGCACAAAUAAAAAUUAUUUUCUUUUAAUUCUCAGGAUAUUUGUGCAUAUUUGAGUUUCAAUACUUGUAUGCACACAGUCUCUAAUAAAUGU